AAAUUUUUUUUCUAGUGUGGCAGUCAAUGUGUUAAAGAAAACUGCAACUAUUGCUAUCGAUUGCUCACCACCUGGGCACAAAAAGAAGAGAGACGGCAAUGGGUUCGUGCGGACAGGUAAAGCUUGAGUAAGAUCACCUACUAAUCAGGUCUUCUUCCAGCCCUGAAAUUCUAUGGUUCUGUAGGGAAUGAUAGACACAAACUGACAAAUGCAAAGUAAAAAUAUUCAAUGUGAGUAGUAAUCAUACAGUUGUAGCAAGAGUCCAAUACUGAUUGACAUGGAUGUCCUCCCAGCCCAAGAUUCCAUGAAUGGAGGAGCAAUAUUGCUCUUUGCUGCUCUUGCAUUGGAAACCUGGUCUAUUUGUCUUCAUUACCCCAGCUCUAACCAUCAGCAGUCUCUUCCUAGUCUGCUGCUUCAACAUGUCUUCUCAGAUUCCUCCUGUGAGCCUUUCCAUUGAACUGGAGCUCCUCGUAGGCAAGGACCACACCUUUUUAAGGUUUUCUGAGCCCCAAGUGUCUAGCACAGUGCCUGGCAUUACACAUAGGGUACUUGGUGAAUUGGGUACUUGUUGAAUGGUUGAAUUCAUUUAUCUCAUGAAAUGUCAGGAGAAUUGCCAGAAAUGAAAUGUUUGUGUAAUAUACAGUUGAGGUUGGUUUGAAGGGAGAUGGUGGAAAUGUCCUCAAAGACAGAUCAUGCUUCAGAUUUUAUUUGAUUUACAAUGCGCUGGACAGUGACCCAUAGAUUGUUAUGUGCCAUUUUUAUUCCACAUGCCAAUGUCUGAACCUGCCGUGUGCCCACUUGUUGCAUACUUGGGUUACCCUGUAGGGAGGCAACUGCAGUUUCAUUUCCUCAUGUUGCACCCCGCUCUACUGCAGCUGGACUCCCUUAUCUUCCCAUCAACUCACAGAAAUCCAGGAUAGAUAAGGAAUCUGAAAGGUCAUCUAGCCCCCAUCACCUCUGAUGCCUUCUGGCUGUCUCUAACAACCCUAGGACAGAUUCCCAGUUGUUAUUCUUCACAGCUCUCUAUUAUUACCACCCCUGUUUUGGGGGAUUUCCCCCCAGUGGCUGGGAUACACUGCUCUGGGGGUUUCUCAUACUCUUCUGGCCACCUCGUCUCUGUCUUCUCUGGUCCUUUGCUCCCCCUCUCCAAAUUUUGGGGCAUUCCUCAGUUCAGACAUUUUCUUUUUAAUCUCCCUCUUUAUAUUAUCCUCCUCAGACAGUUCAUUUUGUCCCCAGUAUCAACUUAUAUUUCUAUAUUAGAAAUAACUUCUUUAUCUUUAUUUCUAGCCCUAAAUUGUAUCCCAAACUCUGGACCUACAGUUUUCUUGAAUGCUUUGCAUUACCCAAUGACUCAUACUGAACUCAUUGUCUAUCUUCUAAAAUUAGUUCCUGACCUAUUAUUUCCCCCACCCACCCCCCAUGGCUCCAGUGUCAUCUUCAUAGUCUAGCCUUAAAACCACAGUCAACCAUGUUGCUUCUCUUUUUUCUCCUGUAUGGCUGAUCAGUUGUCAAUUGUUUGUCAAUUGUCUUGUAGUAAGUUUCUUUUCCCUCUCCCUUGCUUCCUUUUUCUGACCCUAAGUCAGGGCCUUAUUACCAAAUAUCUAGAUAAAUAUAAUGACCUUCUAAUUGAAUGGCUGGCUGUCAGUUCUACCCACCCCCAAUUCUAUACUGAAAAAAAAAUCAGAUUUAAUCAUUUUCAGACACUCCCCUGGUGUUGUCACUCCGUUUUUAUAUUUUUUUUUUUUUCUGGCCCCGUUUAAAGUUUGAUGUCACUCCGUUUUUGAGACACUGUCACUGUCUCUCUGUGUGCUCUGCAUGGCACUAAGCCCUUAACUUUCUUAUCUCAACUUAAACUUCUAGUCAAGUUACCCUGCUCAUUGUCCCCUCAGUAAGUCCGUGCAUCUGCUCCUCUGAGCCCUUGCCUCUGAGUCAUCUGCAGUGCCCUCUAGAAUGACCUCAACUCCAAAUCUUACCAGUGUUUCCAAGGUCCAGUUCAAAUCCCACCCCUCUGGGAAGUCUCCCUUCCCAGGGUUUUUGCAAUUUUAUCAUUCCUUUUACACCAAUCCUUACCAUUUUUCAUGGGUGUGAGUUUUAACCUUCUAACUAUCUUAUAAUGUUUUUAAGAGCAGGGCCCCUUUCUUAGAUGAACCCUUCUAUGAAUUCUACACACUCAUAGAAAGACUUGCAAAAAAUGGGAACUCAGCAUUUAUUGACUAAAAAAUUGAGAUUCAACUUGAGCUUAAGAGCCCCAUUAAAAAUGAGUAGAAUAUCAUCUUAAGACUACGGUAGUCUAUCUAUGCCACAGAUGGUUUAGAGAUCAAAUGAUGACUCAUCCACCUACAAAAGCAGAGCACUGGCUCUAAGAUCCCCUAAAAACCCAUAUGCCUGUAGGGACUGGUAAGUAACAAAACUGUGAAUCCAGCUAGGUAUAAUUCAUGGGGGAGUGGUAGGACCCGGGGCCAUCUCUGCAUCACUUGCACAAAAGCAUCCAAAUUCAAGUUAUUUUAAAACAUUGCUAAUUACAAUCUUAGACUCUUGGCUUCAAAAACAGUGGUUAAUUCAGGUAUUUCAAUACAAUUGGGUGUGUAUUUAUCUAGGUCUUCAUGAAUACCCAGGGCUCUGCUAGAUACUUAAGGAGAGGGAGGAGCCAAAGGAAAUGAGACUGACCAUGUUAAGCAAAGACUCAAGUGUUACACAAACAUGAUCCUUUAUGCUGGCUAUUGUUGCACAAAGGAAUUGUUUGCUGGGAUUCUUGAGAUAUUUCCAUAGAAUGUCUAUGUCUUAGUUAUUCUACAGACCAGAGAAUUCCUUGAAAGCACUGGCUGUAUCUUAUUUACCUCUGUAUACUAGAGCAUGGCUCAUAGUAAAUACCAAGUAAAUGGUUUGAAUAAAAGAAAAGGAAGGAAGGAAGAGGGAAGGAAAAAGGAAGGAAAGAAAGAGAAAGAAAGAAAGAAAGAAAGAAAGAAAGAAAGAAAGAAAGAAAGAAAGAGCAAGCUAAAGCUUCAGCACCAUGAAUUUCAUUUCAUCUAUCAGUUUGCAAAUAGAUUUCAACAGACAGCAGAAAUGGCAAAAAAAAUUGGCCUAUAAUAACCAAGAAGUGAAACUACUAGCACUUACUAUGAUUUUUGAUCCUCUUGCAAGGUUUACUUAGAAAAGAUUUCCUCAUUUUUUGCUUACAAACCUGUCCUCAGAAUUUACAGAAGUUGUCUUGAUUUCUCUGGAAAGAUACAACCAAUGCUAUUGCAUAAAUGAUAUGAGUACUUCUUAUGUAUUAUGUAGAAUAUACAGAAUACAUGGGGCAUGGUGGCACAUUUCUGUAGUCCCAGCUACUUGGAAGGCUGAGGUAGGAGUAUUGCUUGAGGCCAGGAGUUGGAGGCUGCAGUGAGCUAUGAUCCAUAGUGCCUGUGCAUAGCCAUUGCACUCCAACUGAUGCGGAAAAUGUCCAGCGCCAGGAUGCCGCUUGCUGCCUCCCCGUCGCUUCUCUGCAGGCCAGCGCUGCACGUGGCCAGUUGGAGGGCACGCUGCUGGAGCCAGACCCCAUGGCAGAGAGCCAGCCGGUGCCCUAUGGGCCGGAAUGCCCCCAGGCCCACGUGCGGCUGCCUGUUUCCGGCCACUCUGCUUGCAAGAUCCUGAUUGGAUCAAGUACAGAACAUGUUUUUCCUCCUGCUGAUGUUGAGCCUGGGAUUGCAGCUUCAUCGGACAGCAGCUUUAUUCACAGUGACAGUCCCUAAGGAGUUGUACAUAGUAGACCACGGCAGCAAUGUGACCCUGGAGUGUGAUUUUGACACUGGAGGUCACGUGAAACCUGAAGCAAUAAAAGCCACCUUGCAAAAGGUAGAAAAUGAUACAGCCUUGCCUGCUGAAAGAGCCGCUUUGCUGGAGGAGCAGCUGCCCCUGGGGAAGGCCCUAUUCCACAUCCCUCAAGUCCAAGUGAGGGACGAAGGGCAGUACCGCUGCGUGAUCAUCUGUGGCGUCUCCUGGGACUACAAGUACCUGACUCUGAAAGUCAGAGCCCAAGUCGAAGGCUCAGCCAAGCUCCUGAUUCCUGGCCCUCGUACCUCUGAACUCAUCUCUCAACCAGGACACCAAGCUUCCUACAAAAAAAUAAACACUCGCAUCCUAAACAUCCCAGGGACAGACGAGGUGAAGCUCACCUGCCAGGCUAGAGGUUAUCCCCUGGCAGAAGUGUCCUGGCCAAACAUCAGUGUUCCCGCCAACACCAGCCACAUCAGGACCCCUGAAGGCCUCUACCAGGUCACCAGUGUUCUGCGCCUAAAGCCCCACCCUGGAAGAAACUUCAGUUGUGUGUUCUGGAACGUUAAUGUAAAGGAACUUACUGCAGCCAACAUCAGUGACCCUCAAAGUUGGAUAGAUCCCGAGGUCACGCCAACUUCGCUGCUUCACAUUUUCAUCCCUUCCUGCACCAUCGCUUUAAUUUUCAUAGCCACAAUGAUAAUCCUCAGAAAAUGGCUCUGCCAAAAGCUCUAUUCUAGAAAAGACACAACAAUAAGAUCUGUCACCACAAUAAAGAGGGAAGUAAAUAGAGCUGUGAAUCUGAACCUGUGGUAUUGGGAGUUGGGGUGACCUGAUGGGACAUCGUCAAGAGGCUUCUGGACUCUGAACAAGGAUCCGCUGGCCUGCAGAGCUUGCCAUUUUCACUUUCCAAGUGCCUCUGGAUGAGACAGCACUUUAAUCUGGAGCCUACAAUAAGACUGGGCAGCACCUGGCCCAUGGUGUGCUGAGAAGAAGUCAAGCAGCCUGCCCCUUCAUUGAUGCCGGCUGUCACCCCUGCAGCUUGUGGCCCUGAGCAAGCACUAUUGCACUUUAGAAAAUUACCCCACUGGAUCCUGGAUGCCAGCAAGUGUCUGGAGGCUCCUUCUUGCUGCCAGACUAAAACCAAAGGGAAUUCUUUCCCCCUAAAUUUCUAAAGUGAUUUCCAGAAGCAGAAAUAUGUGGAAAUUUCCAGUUACAGAAACAAGCAAGUCGUCAAUAGUUAUUUUUAAUCUAGAAUUUCCUCUGUAUACUGGAAGAGCCUACGGAGACUAUGAGCCCACAGACAAGGCUUUGUACAAACUCAAGCCAUAACUGACAUGUUUUAUGGCUUGCUGGAAAUCUUGAUAGCAUCUGAAAUUGUUCUAAUGAACAAAAAGUGUUUAUACACUAAGUGCACAAAUUGUGGAGUAAAGACAUUGCGUAUUUUGUCGUUGUUGUUGAGGUAUACAUCAAAAAGCAUUUUUUUUUUUUUUUUUUUUUUU